AACUUUAUCCCUGUUUAAUCUGCAACGCCCAGAACAAUAAUCCCAUUUUCAUCAGCUAAUCCCCCUCCCUCUUUCAUUUGGGGCCCCUCAAUUUCUUGUUUUAACAGGGAAUUUUGAUUCUUCCUUGUGUUUUGGGCGAUUUAGAGGACCAAUGAGGGAAACAUAUGAUCUUUCUCAUGAUACAAAUUAAUAAUGGUGAGAGACAAUAGGAACAUAAGGCCCGUGCUCUUGAAAAUUGGGGCUGUUUUGGUUCUAUCUCUUGGUGGGGUUAUCUAUACCAUUUUUAGAACCAAGAGAAUCAAGCCCUCCAAUUUAUUUUCACCUCCUUGCUCAACAGGUGGUGAAAAUGGUGAGCUCACAAAUGAUGAUCACGCCUCCCAUGCAACUCCAAUAUCACCUUCCUCCCGCAAAUCAGUUUCUACUGUGUCAGACAAACACGAGGACCUCCACAUCUGCAAACACAUUAUAGAGAAUUCUACAGCUCUUCCAUCUAGCAGUGGUAUGUUCAACAGCAAUAGAGAUGGAUUUCUCUUGCCAGAGUUCAAUGAACUUGUAAAGGAACUCCGUUUAUCUACCUCAAAGAGGGACAUUGAAACGCUGUUGCAGUAUGAAGAUUCACCUAGAGAAUAUAGAAUUGUUGAAAUGGUUAACCAUGAGCAAGAGAUUAAGAGCCUGAAAAAUAUUGUUAAAACUCUCGAAGAGAGGGAGAGGACUCUAGAAAUCCAAUUGCUAGAGUAUUAUGGUCUUAAGGAGCAAGAAACUGCUAUCAUGGAGCUUCAGAACCAACUAAAAAUAAACAAUAUGGAGGCCAAGCUUUUUGGUCUCAAGAUUGAGUCAUUGACCGCAGAUAAGAUGAGGUUAGAGGCUCAAGUGGCCGAUUAUGCAAAAGUUGUUUCUGAGCUCGAUGCUGCAAAAGUCAAGAUAAAGCAACUCAAAAAGAAACUGAGAUCAGAAGCUGAUCACAGUAAGGAACAGAUUUUAACCCUUCAAGAAAAAGUUAUGAAGUUGCACGACGAAGAAAAGAAGGCUGUUGAAGCUGAAUCGGAUGUUCAGUUAAAGCUCCGAAAACUGAAAGACUUGGAGAAUCAGGCUGAUGAGUUGAAGAAAUCUAAUCACAGUUUAAGAAAAGAAAAUUCAGAACUGGCUCAUAGAUUAGAAUCUGUUCAAAUCAUUGCUGCUUCUGUGUUGGAAGAUGAAGAAACAGAAGCACUGAAGGAAGAAACUCUAGGGUUGAAAAAGCAAAAUGAAGAUUUAGCGAAGGAAGUUGAGCGGCUUAAAGCAGAUCGCUGCAAUGAUGCUGAGGAACUAGUCUAUCUCCGAUGGAUAAACGCUUGCUUGCGGUACGAGCUGAGGAACUUACAGCCUGUUGCAGGAAAAACAAUUGCAAGAGACCUCAGUAAAACAUUAAGCCCCAAGUCAGAGGAGAAAGCCAAGCAACUAAUUCUUGAAUAUGCAAAUAAAGAAAGUCAGGGGGAAAGGGAGAUCAGUGUUACUGAUUUUGAUUCGGAUUGGUCAUCGUCUCGAACAUCCUUUUUUACAGACUCUGGUGAAUUUGAUGACACUUCUACUGAUAAUUCAUCACCCCGUAAGACUUCAGGCAAAAAGAAGGUGUUUAGUAAGCUUAUGAGAUUAGUGCGGGGAAAGGAUCGCCGUCUUAGUCGGAGUUCUUCUAUGGACAUGGUGCACAAUGUUGAAGAUAAUGUGUCAAGACAUUCUAGUUUUUCUCCAGGGUACAGUUCUGGUUCAUCCAAACAAUUUCUGGAGUUACAUUCGGCGUCUCAAAGUUCAAGGAGCGACAAAGGAGAAAACAACUAUAACUACUCGAUAGAUAGUACGAGAAAUAGUGAUGGGGGUUCGUCGUCAGGUUCAGGAAGACUGGAUUAUAUCUCAAAUCGUCUGACUGAUUCACCUCAAGAAAAUAUAACUAAAGAUGACUCAGAAAAAGUCCAGAAAACCGACUUAGUGAAAUAUGCAGAAGUGUUAAAAGGUUCUCGUUCUAAAGCUGGAUUUUGCAGGAGAUCAGCAUCUGUUAGUUCCUUCUAACAUUUGUGUAAAUAAAAGUUUUUACCAGUUUUAGUAACUUUUUUCCUUCCAUGUUUCCUCAACAUUGUUAACCUUCUUGAUUUGAGGUAAAAAAAGCUUCAGAAGUUGCAUGCA